AUGGUUAAAGCAAUUGCAACCGUAAGGGGUGAUUCGAAUGUACACGGUACUGUGACCUUCGAGCAAUACGAUGAGGUCGCACCGACCACCAUCACAUGGAACCUCCGAGGAAACGAUCCGAACAGUGACCGAGGUUUCCACAUCCAUGAAUUCGGUGACAACACUAAUGGGUGCACCUCUGCAGGGCCUCAUUUCAACCCAUUUGGAAAGACACAUGGUGGUCCCAGCGACCUCGACCGUCAUGUAGGGGAUCUGGGAAACUUCCGGACCGAUUCAGAGGGGGCCUCAGUAGGAGUCAUGCAAGACAAGCUAAUCAAGCUGAUGGGCCCUGAAAGCGUUAUAGGACGUACGAUCGUCAUUCACGCUGGGUGUGAUGACCUUGGUCGUGGUAAUAAUGUGGAAUCGAAGAAGACUGGAAAUGCGGGUGGACGACCUGCAUGUGGAGUGAUUGGGUUUGCGACAGGGAAGUCUGUUUCCUCUCCUCUUCAUCAUCAUGUCAAGCCCUCUCUGCGUGGGCCUAGUGUGCUCUAA